GAUCAGAAAGUAAGCAAUCUUGGCAUUCAAGUGAGACAGUAAAGAAAAUAUGAGUGUAGAGAAAAGGAAUUUUUUAGAAGAAAACUAGCAGUGAAGAGAUUCCUUGUUUGGAGUUUGCCAAUCUAGUCUCGUCUCGUCUCUGUCUAGCUGUCUUUCUCAUUCUCUUCUUCCCUUCGUUUCUACACAGAAUUCACAGCCCUCUCUUCUUCCUCGAUCUCCCAAAUCCCAAAAACAAUGACAGACAGAGUCUACCCUUCGUCCAAGCCCGCCACCAACGGCACAGCCACUGCAGCAGCCGCCAACAACGCCGCCGCUCCAUCGGCGGCCGCCAAGCAGCCCCAACUGCGGCACCCGUACCGCCCUCAACCGCAGUACCACAGCCACCGACGCCGCCGCAGCCGCCGCAACCUCUGCUGCUGCUGCUGCUUCUGGUCGCUGCUUUUGCUCCUGGCGCUGGGGCUCCUGGCAGCCAUCGCCGGGGCGGCCCUCUACGUGCUCUACCGCCCGCAGCGGCCGCAGUUCUGGGUCUCCUCCCUCCGCAUUGCGAAGCUGAACCUGACCACCGCCGCCGACUCCUCCUCCUCCCACCUCACCUCCCUCCUCAACCUCACGCUCUCCUCCAAGAACCCCAACUCCCACAUCACCUUCUUCUACGACCCCUUUACCCUGUCUUGCUUGUCCUCCGGCUCCGUGCAAAUCGCCAACGGCUCUAUCCCCGCCUUCACGAGCGACAAGAAGAACGAGACGAGUUUCAGAGCGAUCCUGACGGCGUCAACAGAUCUGGACACGGAGUCGGUGACGUCGCUGAGGUCGGAUCUGAAGCGGAAGAGCGGUGUCCCCAUGAAGAUUCAGAUGGACACGAAAGUGAAGGUGAAGCUAGGAGGGGUGAGGAGCAAGAAGGUCGGGAUUAGAGUUUCGUGUCAGGGUAUCACCGGGGUUGCACCGAAAUCCAAGUCCCCGUCGGUGGCUUCGGUUUCUGGGUCGAAAUGCAAGGUGGAUCUUCGGAUCAAGAUCUGGAAAUUUACCUUUUAAAGUAAUUAUGAUUUUGUUUGUUUGCUUUUCUUUUUCUUUGGGUUUUCCUUGCAUGACUUUUGAGAUGAAGACUGAGUUGAGAAAAUCGAGGUCGAUAGGAGAUUACAGAGAAGAAGAGGGGUUAAGAGUAGAAUUCUUUUUAGUAAACUUUUUUACUAUUAUUGUUUGUUCGAUUCCUGAUUUCCAAAUGGUUGCCAUUAAUGCAUUAAUUGCGUUAUACUUU